UUUGACAGCUGUCACCGGACGCCGAGGUCAAGAGGAGAAAAGCAUGGCUGCGUUGUUUAGAGGGUCUCGACAUACAUGGUUGAGGUUGAAUAAACAUGUCGACUUUGCCUUUGUAUCAACACGAUCGAUGGCCUCGAAGACACCUGUGGGAUUUAUCGGUCUGGGAAACAUGGGAACUCCCAUGGCCAAAAAUCUGUUAAGAAACGGUUAUCCUGUCAUUGCCACUGAUGUAUUCCCAGAGUCUUACAAAGAGCUGCUGGACAUGGGCGCCCAGGUAAUGGACUCCCCUGCUGAGGUGGCAGAGAAAGCAGACCGCAUCAUCACAAUGCUGCCCUCCAGUCCAAAUGUAAUAGAAGUCUACACAGGCCCAAACGGCAUCCUCAAGAAAGUGAAGAAGGGGACACUGUUAAUUGACUCCUCUACAAUUGAUCCUGCUGUAGCUAAGGAAAUGGCAGUAGCUGCAGAGAAGAUGGGCGCUGUGUUCAUGGAUGCUCCAGUUUCAGGAGGGGUCGGAGCUGCCAACAUGGCCAAGCUGACUUUCAUGGUUGGUGGAGUGGAGGAGGAAUACAACGCUGCACAGGAGCUGCUCACCUGCAUGGGAGCCAAUGUGGUUUACUGUGGACAGGUUGGCACUGGACAGGCUGCUAAGAUCUGUAACAAUAUGCUGCUAGCCAUUGGAAUGAUUGGGACUGCAGAGACAAUGAACCUUGGCAUCAGGCUGGGUUUGGACCCCAAACUUCUGGCAAAAAUCCUCAACAUGUCCUCGGGUCGUUGCUGGUCCAGCGACUCGUACAACCCUGUUCCUGGAGUGAUGGAGGGAGUCCCGUCUGCCAACAACUACCAGGGUGGCUUUGGAACCACGCUGAUGGCCAAGGAUCUGGGUUUGGCCCAGAACACAGCCACCAACACAAAGACACCCGUCCCUUUGGGUUCCCUUGCCCAUCAGAUCUUCAGAGUCAUGUGCUCCCGCGGCUACGCCAACAAGGAUUUCUCAUCCGUCUUCCAGUUCCUGCGUGAGGAGGAAGGACAGUGAUUGGAGGGGGCCGGGGCGG